AAAUGAUACUAGCGCCACGAGAUGUAAAUAUAGAUUUAUUGUUGAAGAAACAUAAUCUUAGCAUUAAAUGUCUUUACAAAUUUACGAACAACAUACGUUUACUAUUAAUAAAUUUAACAAUUGAUUUUAUUAACGUAAUCUGUUCGAGUAAAUUAAAUUUGUAUAACAAUGUCCGAGACUAUAAACGGAAUGUGUCUUUUAAUGUGUCCCGAGAAAGAAAGAUGGAUGAGAGAGAAAGAAGGUUUAUUGCAUCGAUUUGAGAUUGAUGAAAAAACAAAACAUUUAAAAAAACCAAAAGCAGAUCCGAACAAGAUAAUAAAAAGUUUUUCUCGUCCAGCUGCAGGUCAAAUUAUGACAGAUCCGAGUCUUCUACGACCUGGACCUAUAUUACUAUCAACUAUUAAAUAUUUAUUCACAAAGAUAUUAAUACGCACAGAUGUAGAUUGGGUACAUAUAUACGAUUUUACAUUUGAUCGAUUACGAGCUAUACGGCAAGAUUUAGUUAUUCAAAGAAUUGGUACGAUUAUGAGUAUUCAAAUUUUGGAACCUAUUGUACGAUUUCAUACUUACGCUGCUCAAAGACUCUGUGAGCGAAAUAUUUCUGAGUUUGAUCCAAAAAUUAAUGAUCAACAUUUGUUGGAAUGUAUUAAGCAAUUGUUAGUUUUAUAUGAUACAGUGAACAGAACAGAGAAGUUAGAGCUUCAUGAAAACAUAGAAGUAUUAACAUUGAUUGAUAAUAGAGCAGAAAUGGAAGCAUUAUAUAUUCUUCUAAACAUUGGAGAUAUCUCAGCAUUGAAUAGAGCAUUAUCUCUUCCUGAAAAAUUAAGAAAGUUGAAGGAAGUUCGAUUAGCUACAAAUAUAUCUAUAGCUUGGUACUUAAGGAACUAUGUACGAGUGUUCCGACUAAUACAAAAACUCCGUCCAAUACUUGUAUGUGCCACAAUGUGCAAUUUGAAGAGUAUGAGAAGAGAUGUGUUACAAAUUAUGAGUUCAGGAUAUAAUAAUAAAAUUCUCACAUUUCCUGGACUAAAAUUACAAGAGCUUAUAUUAUACAAAGACAUAGAAAAACUUGAAAAAGACUGCAACCUAUUUAAUUUAACAUUUACUAAUCAAAAUAUUUUGUUUCAAAAAACAUCGUUUAACGAUAAAAUAUUAUUGGCAAAUUGUGAAAGAUAUUACACACCUCAAAUACUACACAAGUUCUUACCAAAUAUUCUUUUAGGAUCUUUAUAAACGAAUUAUUAAAGAAAUAUAUAAUGAUUUGUUUGUUUUGUUGAUUUCAAAUCGUUUUGUUUAACCCAUUUUUUUGUUAGAUAAAAAUAGAAAUAUACAACAUUCUCAAGUGUUAAAUUUUU